AUGGUGCAGAAGUCGCGUAACGGCGGCGUGUACCCUGGCCCGAGCGGGGAGAAGAAGCUCAAGGUGGGCUUCGUGGGGCUGGACCCCGGCGCGCCCGACUCCACCCGGGACGGCGCGCUGCUCAUCGCCGGCUCCGAGGCCCCCAAGCGCGGCAGCAUCCUGAGCAAGCCGCGUGCGGGUGGCGCGGGCGCCGGGAAGCCCCCCAAGCGCAACGCCUUCUACCGCAAGCUGCAAAAUUUCCUCUACAACGUGCUGGAGCGGCCGCGCGGCUGGGCGUUCAUCUACCACGCCUACGUGUUCCUGCUGGUCUUCUCCUGUCUCGUGCUGUCCGUGUUCUCCACCAUCAAGGAGUACGAGAAGAGCUCUGAGGGCGCGCUCUACAUCCUGGAAAUCGUGACCAUUGUGGUGUUCGGUGUGGAGUACUUCGUGCGGAUCUGGGCUGCGGGUUGCUGCUGUCGGUAUCGCGGCUGGAGAGGGCGGCUCAAGUUUGCCCGGAAGCCCUUCUGUGUGAUUGACAUCAUGGUGCUCAUCGCGUCCAUCGCCGUGCUGGCUGCUGGUUCCCAGGGCAAUGUGUUCGCCACAUCGGCGCUCCGGAGCCUGCGCUUCCUGCAGAUCCUGCGCAUGAUCCGAAUGGACCGGCGGGGCGGCACCUGGAAGCUGCUGGGCUCCGUGGUCUACGCGCACAGCAAGGAAUUGGUCACUGCCUGGUACAUCGGCUUCCUCUGCCUCAUCCUGGCCUCAUUUCUGGUGUACUUGGCGGAGAAGGGGGAGAACGAUCACUUUGAUACCUACGCGGAUGCACUCUGGUGGGGCCUGAUCACCCUGACAACCAUUGGCUAUGGGGACAAGUACCCCCAGACCUGGAACGGGAGGCUCCUGGCAGCAACCUUCACCCUCAUCGGUGUCUCCUUCUUUGCUCUUCCUGCCGGCAUUUUGGGGUCUGGCUUUGCACUGAAAGUUCAAGAGCAGCACCGUCAGAAGCACUUUGAGAAGAGGCGGAACCCUGCAGCAGGUCUGAUCCAGUCCGCCUGGAGGUUCUAUGCCACCAACUUGUCACGCACGGACCUGCACUCCACGUGGCAGUACUACGAGCGCACGGUGACCGUCCCCAUGUACAGCUCGCAAACUCAAACCUACGGGGCCUCCAGACUGAUCCCGCCACUCAACCAGCUGGAGCUGCUGCGGAACCUCAAGAGCAAGUCUGGACUUACCUUCAGGAAGGAGCCUCAGCCGGAGCCAUCUCCCAGUCAGAAGGUCAGUUUGAAAGACCGUGUCUUCUCCAGCCCCCGCGGCGUGGCUGCCAAGGGCAAGGGGUCCCCUCAGGCCCAGACCGUCCGCCGGUCACCCAGCGCCGACCAGAGCCUAGAGGACAGUCCAAGCAAGGUGCCCAAGAGCUGGAGCUUCGGGGAACGUGGCCGUGCCCGGCAGGCAUUCCGGGCCAGGGGUGCUGCUUCGCGGCAGAACUCGGAAGAAGCAAGUCUCCCAGGGGAGGACAUCGUGGACGACAAUAAGAGCUGCAACUGCGAGUUUGUGACAGAGGAUCUGACCCCAGGCCUCAAAGUCAGCAUUCGGGCCGUGUGUGUUAUGCGGUUCCUGGUGUCCAAGCGGAAGUUCAAGGAGAGCCUGCGGCCCUAUGACGUGAUGGAUGUGAUUGAGCAGUACUCAGCUGGCCACCUAGACAUGCUGUCCCGCAUCAAAAACCUGCAGUCCAGGAUAGAUAUGAUUGUGGGCCCCCCACCCCCUUCAACUCCCCGGCACAAGAAGUACCCCAGCAAAGGACCCACGGCCCCUCCGAGAGAGUCACCCCAGUACUCACCUAGAGUGGACCAGAUCGUGGGGCGUGGCCCAGCGAUGGCGGACAAAGACCGAGGCAAGGGCCCGGCGGAGGCGGAGCUGCCAGAGGACCCCAGCAUGAUGGGGAGGCUGGGGAAGGUGGAGAAGCAGGUCCUGUCCAUGGAGAAGAAGCUGGAUUUCCUGGUGAACAUCUACAUGCAGCGCAUGGGUGUCCCCCCGACGGAAACUGAGGCCUACUUUGGGGCCAAGGAGCCAGAGCCAGCGCCACCAUACCACAGCCCUGAGGACAGCCGGGACCACGGUGGCCGGAGUGGCUGCAUCAUCAAGCUCGUCCGUUCCACCAGCUCCGUGGGCCAGAAGAACUUUGCGGCGCCCCCACCUGCACCCCCUGCCCAGUGCCCACCCUCCACCUCGUGGCAGCAGCAGUGCCACCCCCGCCCAGGCCACGGCACCUCGCCCGUGGGGGACCACAGCUCGCUCGUACGCAUCCCGCCGCCACCCGCCCACGAGCGGUCCCUGUCCGCUUACAGCGGGGGCCACCGGGCCAGCACAGAGUUCCUGAGGCCGGAGGAUGCCCCGGCCUGCAGGCCCCACGAGGGCGCACUGAGGGACAGUGACACAUCCAUCUCCAUUCCAUCCGUGGACCACGAGGAGCUGGAGCGCUCUUUCAGUGGCUUCAGCAUCUCCCAGUCCAAGGAGAACCUGGAUGCCCUCAACAGCUGCUACGCGGCGGUCGCUCCGUGUGCCAAAGUCAGGCCCUACAUCGCGGAGGGCGAGUCGGACACGGACUCGGACCUCUGCACCCCGUGCGGGCCCCCACCACGCUCCGCGACGGGCGAGGGCCCUUUUGGUGAUAUGGGCUGGGCCGGGCCCCGGAAAUGAGGCCACCCACUAGCCUCCCCCUGACUCCUGGCCUCCUGGUCUUGAGGCAGAUGCUCUGGGGCCCUUUUCUUAGAGCAAGGCAGUAGGGGUGCCUGUGCAGGGUGGCAGGCAGGCGUGGCCCUCAGUCUCUCGCACUGAAGGCUGGCAGGAAUUCUUUUCCAGCAAGGGGCAGCCCGGCUGGCCGUGCCCACUUGGCAGACUCUGCAGACCAUUGGCUUGGGCAUGACAGAGGCCGGGGUCGAGGCUGAGGACAGGCACCCGGUGGCCAGGUGGAGGCUUGGGUGGGGGCAGGGUGGCAGCGAGGGGCAGAUCUGCCUCGUGAGGAUCAGCAGCUUUGAGGCCCAGGGCGUGUGGCUUGUCUCUGCCCCCAUUCCUGUCCUGCCCCAUCAUCCUGGGUACCACCCGCAGCUGCUGGUCAGUGUCACCACCUUCCCCCUGGUUCCGAGCAUCCUGUGACAGGAGCCAGCCCCACGUUCAGGACUCUGGCCUGAAGGGGGCGUGGGGGCGAGGCUCGGGACCCCCUCCAGAACAGAAUGGCCUCUGACCUCCUGAACUUGAUUCCUGUGGGGAGGGACGGGCUCCAUAGGCUCCUGGAGGAGACCCUUGGGGGCUCCCUUCCAGACCUGGAAGCUGGAGGGGUGUCCCCUGUGUCCUCUUCCCUCUCCCCUGGCUGGGCGCUGGUCACCACGCUGUGGCCAGCACUGUGACAUGGACCGGCCUGUGGGAAUGUGUGCUGAGUGGCUAGGGGGCUCCCUGGCUGGGCUCGUGCUCUGGGGUCCUAACCGGGCUGGUUGUGGUGAGUUGAUUUGCUCACUGUCCUCCAGGGACCCUGCUUCACCUGUCCCCCAUCAGCCCCCCAACAGGACCCCAGCUGGACGAUGCUGCGGCUGAUGGGAAAACCCUUCAGUAGAGUCCUGCCCCGCACUGUCCAGAGAUGAAGGAGCUGCCUUGUAGGUGGUCUCCUGUCCCUCCUAGGCUGACCAUCCCCUGCACUCUUCUCACUGACCAGCCCUUGAUUGUGACCGCUGGGUGUCUUGGGAUCAGAGAUGCCUGUUCCCACCCUGGGCCCUGGGAAACAGUGGUGCCCAUCCUUCUCAUCUUGGGCCUGAGGAGCAGUCGCUUUGAGCCAGGAGUCCAACCCCAGGAGGCAGAGUGGACCCCAUCCUGGGCCCCCAGCUGUCAGUGUGCAGAGGCAUCUGGCAUUUGGGGUGACAGGACAGCAAGCCUGGACACCUAGUGUCCACUGAGGCAGUGACCUUCCUGUGCACCAGGGUUGGGUCCGCAAAGCCUACCAAGUAGCGACUUCCCCUGAAAUACCAGGUCCAGGGAGAGCCUGAGCUGUCUCCUCAGGACGCUUCCAUCCAUCCUGGUCAGUGAGAGACUCUGCUUGCUCUCUGGGAAGGACUUUGAAAGCAGCGUCCGAGGGUCGAAUGCCCCUGGCUGUUGGGGUCCUGGCCCUCUGAGAUCCCUGGGGAGCAGUGUCUACUAUAGCCCCUGUGCAUUCCCCCCCUUCACCAGGACCCCCCAGGUCCCCACCACGUGCACCUGUCUGCUAGCCCAGUGCAGGAGGACCUGAGCUCGGAGUCAGAACCGUGGUCUGUGUUCAGGGCCAAGGCACAAGGAUGCCCCACCCCCAGUCUCCAGGGAGGGGUUGGCUGUGGAAUCUUCCAUGUGGCCUUGGGCGGGGGGUGCCUCUUUGGCUCCCUCCACCCAGCGUGUCUGCUCUGUGCCCCCUUGGUGUUCUCCCCCUCAGACCUUCAGUGGUGAGCAAAGCUCCUCCUUAGUGUUGGCUGUGUGAAGAGGCCCUGGCAAGUAGCAGCUCCUCUGGGUGAGGGUAGAGCCCCCCUUUGCCCCCCAUCUUGGGAGAGAGAGGCCCCAGCUGGAGGCCCCCAACAAGGCAUGAGCAGGCCAGCCCCUGGACCAAGUGUAUCCACAGCUGCUCCAGCCCCAGCUGUUGCUGUCCGGCUCUGGGAGGGUUCGAUUUGGGUUGCCAGCAGCAAGGACCCACCCCUGUCGGAUCUUGGCCUGCGUGGGCCCCUGGCCUGCUAGGAGAGGCCUUUUGCCCCUGGAGAGAGGUGCAUGUCCUGUCACUUGCAUGCCCUGUGUUAUGGGUCCCUGGUGACAAGAGGGGCUGGCUUGGUCCGCAGAGCUGCUGAGCCAGAUGCUGGCACCAAGGUCACUACUGGGAGGGCCUCCAAGGUUGCAGAAGGAGGGGUUGAGGCCCAACUCUCCACGUGCUGUGCUCAGCAAGGAGUCUGUGAUGCCUCCUCCAUGAAAUCCUGCCCCUCCCCCCGGUCUCUGCUUGGGGGGCCAUUUUGGGGUGCGGUUUUAGGAGAUGAUGGGGUAGAGCCUCCUUCUUAGGGGUCCGAGCAACAUGUGUUCAUUUGUGUCCAUCUGCUGCCCCAGGGCCCCCACCUUCAGGAGCUGUGGCAGGAGAGUGCUUGGCACUCUGGGGACGUCGGUGCACUUCCUGGGUGACCCGUGGCUGUGGGGCCACCCUGUCCCACCGCACGUGUGGUAGGCGCUUCCCAAGAGAAGCAUCUCAGUUACCUGAUCACGUGGCUCCCUCAGCCCUGCACAUGCCUGUGCUCACACCCUGCCUGCAGACAUAUAGCACAUACACACUCAUGCAUACACACCCACAGGUACACGCACAGCACCUGCACACAGAGUCACAUGCAUUCUCACCCAGACACACCAGAGUGCACACACUUACCCAUGUGUGCACAAUCAUACACACCAUGUGCACACACCCAUGCUCACAUACUCACACACCCAUGUGCACACACGCUUACCCACACAUGCACAGACGCCUUGUCUGCUUCAAUCCAUAGGAAUCAGCAAGUUCGGGAGUGUAGACCGUCCUGGGACAUUGACCCUGGGUGGGGUUCCCGCUCUUCUGGCCUCUGGGCAGCACCUCAGGGGGAUCCCCAGAGCCCAGGGAGGUUCCCACCUACCCUCUUCCUCCUCCUCAGCUGCCCCGGAGGCUGUCCAGAUGCCAGGAUGGCCUAGGCUGGGCCAGGGAGGUCUUGGUGUCUGUGGGCAUCCAGCUGCAAUGUGGGGGCUCUGAUGGCUCCUUUUGCCCUCCUGAACCAUGCGGCCCAGCCUCAGGACCCUCUCCCUUUUCUGCCCCACACCCCCUGUUCUGUGACAGCAUGAGCCGUGGCCACCGUGGAGGAUGAAGGAACCCAGCCAGAGGGCAGGGGACUCCCUCCGGUGCCUCCCUGCCGGGCCCCUCCUUCUGGGAGACCACAGCACCCUCGCGGGAGCACCACCCUCCUUUGGGGGGAUUUGCCAGGGAGUCCACCCCAUGAGGAGAGCCAGUCACUGCCCUCUAAUUAACACUCUCAACUGGAGCGGUCACCAGACAGCAGCUCUGCACAGCUUUCACACGUGGUUUUUAACUUCUCCCUUCCCUAGGCUGGGGCACCCUGGUGGUCAUGGGCCUAAGGUGUCAACAUGGGACGGGGGAGGUGUCCUCUUGUCUGCUAUGCCGUGUACCUGCUGUUUGUGGACAGAACGUGGCCCUGGGACAUUGCUGAUGCUUCUGAAGCCCCGGGGAUGGGAGCUGCAGACAGGCCUUAGUAAGAGUGCUCGUGUUAAUUCCCAUGCUCCCCCGACGUCAAGACCACGCCAGGCGCUGGUGGAGGCAUCGGCCUGGAUUUCCUGCGGCAAAGUCAACAUUGGUUCCGCACCCAAGUCUCCAGAAUACAUGUCUGUGAAGAGGGCUGGUCCAGCAGGGAGGCCCCACCUGGAGGGUUCAGGGCACCCUGCCCGCAGUGGGGUGGGGAGUUCUGAGCCGCAGGGUGCCUCCAUGACCCCCAGUACACACGGCUCCAAAUUAUACACUCUUCCUCAUGUGCACUGCCCUGCAUGGUCUUCAGCUGCCCUGGGCAGUGAUGUGGACAGUCCUGCCCUCUGUGACCCCUGAGCAGAACUCCAGGCUGCCUGCUUGUGUGGAUGGAUGUUCGGCCCCGCAGGGCCGGGCUACUUGCUUUUAGCGCCCAGGGGAGCCCCAGGCUCCCUGAGUCGGAUGCCCAGUGGAGCUGUGCACUUAUCCCAGGCCAGCUGCUUCCUGUGUUCCUGCCCCCAGGGCGGUUCCACUUGGGCCUUUACCAAGUACUAAGUGGGAGAGAUGAUCGGGGAGCUUCCUGGAGGAGGUGAUGUGCUAGGAUCAGGGGCUUAUGCCUAUCCUCUGUCCAAGGGCCCUAGAAAGCUGGCUGCCCAGGGCAGGACACUAGCCCCUGGAGCUUCACAAGUGGGGCACACAGCUUGCUGGCUUCUGUUGACUUGUGAGGAUGGAGGCAGAUGUGGAGGGCAUUCUGGAGGGAGGAGAAUGCCCCUUCCUCCUAGGAAGGAGGUAGGGAGCUUGAAAAAAAUGCUUGCGGGAGGAGAGACCCCUCUGUCUUGAGGAGGAGUUGGGUGGCUCUUGUCUUGGAUAUUUGCAUGGGUCCCCUUGCCUGAUAGAGGUAUGGCUGGAUGGCCCUGUCUGGAGAGCCCCUCAGUAUAGGCAGAUCAGGCACCGAGAGAGGCGGGGACCCUCCUGGGGGACAGCGCUCGGUCCUGGGGUUUCUGGGCAGGCGUGUGGACUUUGCUGAACGCUGCACGUCCAGCUCUGACUGAGUUUCAUAAAGUUGUUGCCUUAAUGCACGUUGACAAAAAUUCACCGUGGUCACCCCCUGCCCGCUUGGCCUCUGCCAGGCACCAACCUGCAACCCCGCCGCCUCCUCCAUCCAGGGUCUGCGGGCCCAGGUCUGCAGCAAGUACAGAGGGUAGGGGACCUCACGGCAUGGUUCCUGUGGGGCUCUGCCUACCCGCCCACCUGGGGACCCCACCCUCAUCCCAUGCCGUCCGAAGGCGGCCCUGGCCCCAGCCCCAGCCCCGUCUGCGCUGUUGUCUUGGCUGUCUUUGCACUUUUGUUCAUGUUCAUGCUCCAAAGAAUAUGUCAUGAUGCCUUCAGUGCUGAUGAGCACCGUCGCGCCCGCGCCCCUGCAGCACAGCCGGGCCUCUGCUCCUGGACCUGUCACCCCUGUGACAGGUGACCUGCGUGCCGUCCAUUUUCCAGGGACAGACGCCCAGGGAAAGAAUCUAGUUUUCUACAGACCAGCUGAGACUCACUGACUGCACUCACUGUCAGGCUGACAAGUGUGCCACCCCGAGGGCCCAGCGCAGGCUGCCUGGGGACGGCGGGUGCGGGAUCUGGUGAC